UAUCGUCGUCUUGCCAUUUUGACCCUCCCGUCCCCUUCCCAUCCCCCCGUGCAUAAAGCUUUCUUUAAUCGCCGGCUCUCGCUCGCUCGCCCUCGCCUCUCCUCUCCUCUCCUCCCCUCCCUUAUUCUAAUCCUCUCUUCGCCGUGGAGGGUUAGGGUUUUGAGGAGGAGCCUAAUCUCGCAGGAGUAGCAGUGGUAGUAGAAAGAGGGUGGCCGAGGCGAGGCAGCGGGGCGGGUCUCUCUCUACCUCCACCCCGUCCAGAGCCGCACGCAGCCGAGGAUUCGGGUCGUGAGGUGUGCAGAUCCAGGGCGCAGGCCCUUUUUGGGACGCAGGAUAGAGACGGUGAAAAGGCGACGCGGGUCUGCACUCGUGCCGUGUCUGCUCAUCCCGGGGGACGUGGGAGGAUGAGCUUCGGGGGCCUCUUCGACGGCGGCGGCGGAGGCGGCGGCAUGCAGUUCCCUUACGCCGGCGCCUUCUCGUCCUCGCCCGCGCUCUCCCUCGGGCUGGACAACGCCGGCGGCCGAGACGGCGGCAUAGGCGGGCGGAUGUUUGCUGACGGCGCGGGCGGCGCGAUGGCCAGGGACGCGGAGGCGCAGAACGACAGCCGGUCGGGGAGCGACCACCUGGACGCCAUCUCCGGCGUCGGCGACGACGACGACGACGCCGAGCCCAGCGGCAGCAACCCCCGCAAGCGCAAGAAGCGCUACCACCGCCACACGCCGCAGCAGAUCCAGGAGCUCGAAGCGCUGUUCAAGGAGUGCCCCCACCCGGACGAGAAGCAGCGCGCCGAGCUCAGCAAGAGGCUCUCCCUGGACGCGCGGCAGGUCAAGUUCUGGUUCCAGAACCGCCGCACGCAGAUGAAGACGCAACUGGAGCGGCACGAGAACGCGCUGCUGAAGCAGGAGAACGAGAAGCUGCGCACGGAGAACCUGACCAUCAGGGAGGCCAUGCGCACCCCAAUGUGCGGCGGCUGCGGCAGCCCGGCCAUGCUUGGGGAGGUCUCCCUGGAGGAGCAGCACCUGCGCAUCGAGAAUGCACGGCUCAAGGACGAACUCAACCGUGUCUGCACCCUCGCCACCAAGUUCCUCGGCAAACCCGUGUCCCUUCUGUCACCACUCCAGCUGCAGCCACACCUGUCGAUGCCCCUGCCGAACUCCUCACUGGAGCUAGCAGUCGGGGGAAUCGGCGGCAUAGGGUCUAUGCAGCCUUCGAUGCACGGUAUGAUGAGUGAGUAUGCCGGGGGUGCCUCGAGCUCCAUGGGCACCGUCAUCACACCAGCACGGGCCACCGGGUCUGCUUUAGCAUCGAUGGUGGACAUUGACAGGUCUGUGUUCUUGGAGCUUGCAAUCAGCGCAAUGGAUGAACUUGUCAAGAUGUCACAGACUGAUGAUCCUUUGUGGGUUACGGGAUUGCCUGGUUUUCCGGACAAGGAGUCACUCAACUUUGAGGAGUAUCUCCACUCCUCCCAGCAUUGCAUUGGCAUGAAGCCUGUUGGAUUUGUGUCUGAGGCCUCUAGGGAGUCCGGCCUGGUCAUCAUCGACAAUAGUGUUGCCCUUGUAGAGACCCUAAUGGACGAGAGGCGGUGGUCCGACAUGUUCUCGUGCAUGAUUGCUAAGGCCACAAUCCUUGAGGAGGUGUCUAACGGCAUUGGUGGAAGCAGAAAUGGAGCGUUGCUGCUAAUGAAGGCUGAGCUACAGGUGCUCUCACCUCUGGUCCCCAUAAGGGAGGUUAUUUUUCUCAGGUUUUGCAAGCAGCUGGCUGAGGGUGCCUGGGCAGUGGUGGAUGUGUCCAUUAAUGGGCUGUUGAGCAAUCAAAAUUCUGCUACGACAUCCGCAGGUGCAAACUUGAAGUGCAGGAGGCUACCUUCCGGCUGUGUGAUGCAAGACACUCCCAAUGGCUACUGCAAGGUCACAUGGGUUGAGCAUACUGAAUACGAUGAGGCAUCUGUCCAUCAGUUCUACCGACCACUUCUCCGAUCUGGUCUUGCCUUUGGCGCCAGCCGUUGGCUCGCCACUCUGCAGCGCCAGUGUGAAUGCCUGGCCAUCCUCAUGUCCUCUGCUACAGUGUCACCUAAUGAACCAACAGCUAUAUCGCAAGAGGGUAAGCGUAGCAUGCUGAAGCUUGCACGCAGGAUGACGGAGAACUUCUGUGCGGGGGUGAGCGCAUCAUCUGCGCGUGAAUGGAGCAAGCUGGAUGGUGCAACAGGUAGCAUCGGUGAGGAUGUGCGUGUCAUGGCACGAAAGAGCGUGAGCGAGCCUGGGGAGCCACCAGGGGUGGUGCUGAGUGCCGCCACUUCUGUAUGGGUGCCUAUUGCCCCUGAGAAGUUGUUCGACUUUCUGCGUGAUGAACAGCUGCGUGCCGAGUGGGACAUCCUCAGUAAUGGAGGGCCCAUGCAGGAGAUGGCUCGAAUUGCAAAGGGGCAUCAGAAUGGAAAUUCGGUAUCCCUUCUCAGAGCCAGUGCUAUGAGUGCCAACCAGAGCAGCAUGCUGAUCCUUCAGGAAACGUGCACUGAUGCAUCUGGGUCGAUUGUUGUAUACGCUCCUGUGGACAUCCCGGCGAUGCAGCUCGUCAUGAACGGCGGGGACUCCACCUAUGUUGCUCUGCUGCCAUCUGGAUUUGCCAUUCUGCCCGAUGGUCCUAGCAUCGGCAGCGAGCACAAGACCGGCGGCUCUCUGCUGACCGUGGCAUUCCAGAUUCUUGUGAACAGCCAGCCCACCGCCAAGCUCACCGUGGAAUCCGUCGAGACCGUGAACAAUCUUAUCUCCUGCACUAUCAAGAAGAUCAAGACGGCGCUGCAAUGUGCAACGCCUGAGUGUUAGGGUGGAUUUUGCCUUGGGGAGGACCGGUGACGCCGAGCCUGAGUCAAGAACGAACCGCGCAAUGAAAAAAAAAAUCCUUUGCUAGGUGAUAAGGAUCUUACUUGAAAGGUCCUUAGCACAGAGCAAUGGUGGUGGUUCGGGUAUUGACUCGGCCUCUUCCGUCGGCUGUAUUCCCCGGCGCCAUGCAUUUUAGACAUUUCUUGAAGGACAUGCUAUAGUUCCCAUCGUUUUAGGGUGAGCUUUCGGCUGGCUCGUUGCCUCUGUUUUGUCCGUCUCUCUCUUUCUGUUGUAAGGAUGAGCUGGUGUGCAAGUGGAGACUCAGGAAUGCUGGGUUGAUCUACUAGUGCCGUCCAUAGGUUCUGGUAGAGGUCUAGAAUCAAACAUGAACGUUUGAAAGCUAUCAGCCAAAUAAUGUCUGGCGUUGCUGUGGAUCAACUGGGAUUUAUUUUUGCAAUCAAUGGCCGGCCAAAGUUCAGAUUGCUGCUGUA